GAUGGUGCUGUCACAGUGUUAGCAAGCGCAGAACAUCUGGCGGGAAAUUAAUUAGAAUCUAAGGUAUAUUCGUUUCGUUAUUAUAACACUUGAUCGAUUGUCAUCGGUGUUCGGUGACACUGGUGCGCGGUGAAGAUAUGCGAACGGCGUGGGGCUGCUUCUGUCUAUUGAUCAGUGUUACAAUAAUCUGCAUCAUUUUUUACCUGAGAAAUUCAAUGAAGAGCGAAUCCGUGCGCGACUGGAGAAUUCGAAACUGGAAUGUGUUCGAGCGAGUUGAUGAAUCCAAGGAGGAAACACUCGAGGAAUUCGAGAAUCAGAGGGUACCGCUGCGAGGGCAGCUGACAGCGAACGGUUCCCUACGCCUGAAAACGAUCCUCUAUUGGAAUACAAUGUACGCUGAAAAGCACAGACACUUUAUGUUUGGUACUGGAGAUGUCUUCCGAGGAUGUCCAGUGCCCCAUUGUUACGGCACUCCUGACAGAAAGUGGCUGAAUAAUCUAGAGGAUUAUGAUGCUAUUCUCUUUCACGGCAUCGAGAUGAACACUGGGGAUUUGCCGACUGGUCGGUCUGAUCAUCAGAGGUACAUUUUCUUCUCGUGGGAGUCUCCAGCUUCGAGGCCUAUCACUAGUAUGUACUUCGUCCUAACACCCAACUACUACAACUGGACGAUGUCCUAUCGCCUAGACUCUGACAUAAUACGUCCUUAUGGCAGGAUUAGAGAUCUCUCAACUAAUGAAAUAAUAUCCCCACCCCGAGAUCCAGCUGGCAUCGUCCCCUGGAGAACUCCUAAAUCCUACGAUGUCAGCAAUGAGGAGUUUGAGAUCAUAAAAUCGAAGAGCCGGAUGGCUGCUUGGUUCGUCUCUCACUGUAAUACCCAUUCAAGACGUGAAACUCUAGUUGAAGAGCUCAAAAAAUACUUCAAGGUCGACAUUUAUGGUCAAUGCGGUAAACUUCGAUGUAAUAAAGAGAACAAUGAGAUGUGUAACGACCUCAUCGAACGCGACUACUUUUUCUACUUCUCCUUCGAGAACACCCUCUGCAAGGACUACGUAACCGAGAAGCUGUUUUCCCCAAUGUCCAAAUACACAAUUCCCGUGGUAUACGGUGGUGCAGAUUAUUCAAAAUUCGCCCCUCCCCACUCCUACAUAAACAUAAUGGACUUCAAUUCCACCUCUGAACUGGCAGAUUACCUGCUGAGAUUAUCACGAAAUCCAGUGGAGUACGCUUCCUACUUCUGGUGGAAGAGUUACUACCAAGUUGAAGACACAACAAAGUCAACACUCUGUGAUUUGUGCGAGAAACUCCACAACAAUGACUUACCAAAGAAGACUGUCGGUGAUUUCACGAAGUAUUACAUCACAGAUCAGUGCUACCCUUCGGGAAAUCUAUCGUGGAUCAAGUCGAUGCACCAUUGGAGAUAAACUAAUUUCAGCUGUAGUUCAUUAAUUUAUUGAUCCGUUUAUGUAAAUAAAAUAUUCUUUUUCUGAA